GAGGAAACCAGAUACCUGACCUCAAGAGCCUCCUGAAAGAUAUCCAGCAGAAGGUCGGGGACAAAGCUCGCUUUCUUUCAUCCUCGGAGGCCUACAAAUCGGAUGCUGAGGAAUUCCUGUCUGUGCAUAUCUCUGACGUCCCGGAGGGGAGCCUUCAGGAAGAAGAGCCCGAAGAGGUGACAGAUGCCAAGGAUUCGGCAUGGCAACGCCGGCAGCGCCGACGGAAGGCUAAAGAGCUAGCGCUCAAAGAAGAAGAGGAGGAGGAGGAGGAGGAUGGCGCGCAGUCAGACGAAAGCAAGGACAAGGCCAAGAAGAAAGGCCGUGCCAAGGCGGAUGGUAAGAAGAAGAGAGCCAAGAAGGAGAAUGGCAAGGUGAAGAAGAAGAAAAAGAAGCGAAGCAAGAGGGACAAGUCUGCAGAGGGGGACGCCCAGGAGAACGGCGAGGAAGAGCAGCCAGUUUCUGAGGAGCCGACGGAGGAGGGUGACGCGGGAAGCGACGAGGGUGCCAAUGACGCCAGCGCAGGCGCAGAGGACGAGCCCCAGGAGAAGCUGCAGCAGGAGCAGGCUGAGCAAGCAGAAUCAGAGGCUGAGGUCAAGCAGCCUGUGCCAGCGCAGACCUUUGACGCAACUGCGCUCUCAACGGAGGAGCAGAUCAGCCUGAAGAAGGCCACAGAAGAGAAACUGAGGGGCAUGGAGGGCCUUCUGGCGAACAUUGGCGACAGCGCCCUUGAUAAACUCGCCCAGUUGACGGUCCGACUGCUUGUGAGUGGCAAGGACAUGCUGGCAGAGUUAAAGCCCUUCGUGGGCAAACAACAGGCGACAGAGCUGGUGGCGUGGGUGGAGGAGCAUUGCAGAUCCCGGGAAGAGACUAGCAACACUGCGGAAGAAAGUACU